ACCGCGCAAGCUGAGCGGAGCGCGCGCCCAGAGGAUACACCUGUUAUUACUUCUAUUAAAGCCUUGUGUCUUUGCGAGCCACAAAACUUUAAAGAGAAAAUGAGAGAUCUGUGGGAAGUGUUGUCAUGUAAUCACUGGUCUCCAGUCAUGUUUGACUCUGUGGUCAUGUGGAAGGCAGCGGCGGAGUGCGUGACUCGAGUAGUUCGGUGUCUCCACGCGCUGAAUCCCAAAGGUCUAUAAUGGUUUUGACACUUCAGUAACUAUGGGCGCGCACGUUCUGGAGGCCAACUCCAGCGGAAACUUGACUCCUGCGGUGCACGAGGCUGGGACCGUCCUCCCGGGCUACCUGCUGGUCAUCUUAUCGGUCCUCAUGGUGACUCUGGUUGUCGUUAUUGUGGCUGGAAACGCUCUUGUCAUCAUGGCUUUUAUUGUGGAUAAAACCCUGAGAAAUCAAAGCAACUACUUCUUCCUCAACCUUGCUAUAUCUGAUUUUCUCGUGGGUGCCUUCUGCAUCCCAGUGUACAUCCCGUACAACCUGACAGGCCGCUGGAUGCUGGGCAGGGGCCUCUGCAAGGUGUGGCUGGUCAUGGACUACCUGCUCUGCAGCGCCUCGGUCUUCAACAUUGUCCUCAUUAGUUAUGACCGCUUCCUGUCAGUCACCAGAGCAGUUAAAUACAGGGCACAGCGAAACAUGACCCGCCGUGCUGUGGCCAAGAUGGUGGCUGUGUGGGUGCUGGCCUUCCUCCUUUACGGGCCUGCCAUCAUCUUCUGGGAGACAAUCGUCGGUCAGAGCAUUGUACCAGCCAACGAGUGUUUUGCUGAGUUUUAUUUUACCUGGUACUUCCUGCUGAGUGCUUCUACCUUUGAGUUCUUCUCCCCGUUCGUAUCAGUGGCCUUCUUCAACCUCAGCAUCUACCUGAACAUCCACCGCAGGAACAAGAACCGGGCAGCCUGCGUGGAGGACGACACCAAGACUCAAAAACACAGUAAGACGCACAAAGACGGCGGCGGCUGGUCUGUAUUUUUUGUUAAGACUCGGAAGGUGUCGUCCAGCGAGCCCACUGCUAUUUCUGCAGUUAUUGAGGAUGAUGAGGCUCUGUCCCCCUCUUCCAUUGAGGACCCCAAUAACAGCCAGAUCUUCAUGCAGAGGAAGAAGCUAUCUCCAUGCCGUAAAGACUCCAGGCUUUUCCAGCCCUCAGCCUCCUGCGUUGCGCCUGGACGCAGAACACAAGGCUCUCGUCUUUCUCGUGACAAAAAGAUUGCCAAAUCUCUGGCCAUAAUUGUCUGUAUUUUUGGGAUUUGCUGGGCCCCUUACACACUACUGAUGAUUAUCCGUGCCGCCUGCAGUGGUAAAUGUGUGGAGAACUAUUGGUAUGAGAUGACCUUCUGGCUUCUGUGGUUAAAUUCUGCCAUCAACCCUUUCUUGUACCCUCUGUGUCACACAAGCUUUCGAAGGGCUUUUUCGAAGAUCCUGUGUCCUAAACGACAAUCAGUCCAACCUCAGAUAGAGACUCAGUCUUGCUAGGGAGGAAAAAUCUUUUUUUUUCUUCUUUUCCAAAAUAAGAAUUUCUUCAAAGUUCAAUCAAAAUCAAUUUUGAAAGAAACAAAACAAAAUCUUGGAAAAAGUACAGGAUAUGAAGCUGUAGUUGUAACAUUAUUUUUAACUUUGUAAAUCACCGGACUUUUAUGCCACAUUCAAGCAUGGAUAUUAUCAUGCUUCCUGACUGUUGAAUUCUUUACUUCCUAAAGACUAUGAAGUGG